CCAGUGCUGGCUUCUUGCUAUAGCUCCACACUCCUGUGCAUUGAAGGGUUAACGUGAGGCUGGGAAGAUGACUAAGCUGGAAGAUCACAUGGAAGGGGUCAUUAACAUCUUCCACCAGUACUCAGUUCGGGUGGGGCAUUUUGACACCCUCUCCAAAGGAGAGCUGAAGCAGCUGAUAACAAAGGAACUUGCAAACAUCCUCAAGAAUACCAAAGAUAAACCUACCAUUGACAAAAUAUUCCAAGAUCUGGAUUCUGAUCGAGAUGGACAGGUCAGCUUUAAGGAAUUCAUGUCCCUGGUGACCUCUGUGCUGGAGACUGCCCAUGAGAAUAUUCACAAAGAGUAGGAAGCUCUCCAAGGUCUUUCUUCCCAGCAAUAUCCCUAAGGUUCUUUCCUUCCCCUCACCAAAGCCCAUCCUUGCCUGAGGGGAGUGAGAAUUAAUAAACGUGCAGAUGAAAAGUU